GCUGUAAUUGCUGCUGCCAAGGGUCGCUUAUGUCCUUACGUGCUGCAACGUGAACUGUACUAUAUUCCAAAUCUACAAAGACAUAAAAUACCUUUUACCCUCGUCUUGGGAUGGUCUUCUCCAAUAAUACCGCAUUAAGGUCUUUCUUCUGUGAUACCUACCCACUGUCUGACGUGAAUAGACCCCCCUGCGCCAAGACCCCCGGCUCCAUCGCGCGUACGGUUUUCUACAGGAUCCAACUGCCAAUCCGAUAAAAAGCGACUUCUGCCGUUCUUCGUACAUAUAACCGGGAGAAGAGGAUAUCAACCUCGAAGAGGACAUCCACCACCCUCGCGUGAUGAUUCAAGUCUUUCAAUCCUGAUUGUCGGUUAUCCAUCUUGGUCAAAUUGGACGCGCAAUACGAAGCGAUAAGAAAUUUGCUCACGCAAUCAUCCCUUGCAAAUGGGAGACGAGACGAUGGCCACCACGAAGAAUGGCUUUGUGGUGGAGGGAGCCACUCGUCCUGCGGCGACGACCGACAACAUACCCAAGCAACGAAAGAGGGAUACUCUCAGGUGGACGGUCGGGCUGGUGGUCCGACUCUGUAUCUGGUAUGCAUUAUUAACGCCAUUCCUUCGCUGCCCACCCCAGCUCUCCGACCUGGAUGGAGCGUCGCCACGAGUCUGCAAGCCUUACCUGAUCGUUCGAUCUCACGUCGAGCCCCAUAUAACCCCAUACUAUAAUGCAUACGGUGCGCCCUAUGUCGAGAAGGCCCGUCCGUAUGUGCACAUCGUCAACGAGAAAGUCUAUACGCCUACUUCGCGUGUCAUUCGACGUGGCUAUGAGAAGUAUGGGGUGCCCGCACUGGACAGAGCGCAAUUGUAUGGCCAAGAGCAAUGGGAGGCUCAAGUCGUCCCCCACUUGGAUGCCGUCAAGGACCAGACGAACGCGCUGUACAGGUCGGAAAUCUAUCCCUACGUGCAGCGCGUAGAGGAAGCUGUUUUGCCAUCCUACAGGAAGGCUAGCGGCGCUGUCAGGUCUGCCUGUGUUGACUAUAUUCUACCCUUUGGCGCCAAGUACCGGCCAUUCAUUGGAAAGACAUAUACAUCGGGGCAGGAUAUUCUGACCACCACGGUCCUGCCCAACGUGCGAAGCUCAUGGUCGACUGCCAUCCAGUUUAUCAAGGGGACCCUGUGGCCCAAGAUCGCUGGUCUCUACUGGGAGAAUGUCGAACCACAGCUCGUCAAGAUCGGCGAGAGGCUAGCCAGCUACCGAGAGGGGAAGGGCCCCCGAAACGUCGUGGAUGAGGCCAAUGCGAGUCUCCCUGACCAGCAGGUUCAUGCCUCGUCAUCACUAGGCACUACAUCCCUAGGCACUACCCAAUACGAGACUGUCACCACGUCAUCCAGAACUGAGGCACCUUCACCGCAGCUCACACUUUCGGUUGAGGAGCAGACAGCCCACAGACGCGAGAGAGUCGAAAGUGAUCUACACGUUUGGCAAGAAAAGUUUGCCGUCGCGGCUGAGAACGGCCUCGAAAGCCUCGAGGAACAUCUGCAAGAGAUUGUCAAGGAUUAUAUGUCUAGUGAAACGUUAGCCUACGGCGAAGAGUUGAUCACCGGGCUGGGAGCGGUCGUGGAUAACGAGAUUAUUGCACUCAAGCACCAUAUCAAUACCCUGGCCGAAUCUCUGCCUUAUGAGGACCUCCCCAAAGCUGAAAAGGCCGCGCAAGAGGAGCUGCUGAGAAAUGUCAAGGAGGCUGCAAUCUCUAUCAGAGGCCGUGCACAUGUUCUCAGGGAGUGGCGCAACUCGUUCGAGGCCGAGCUGAUGCGGCGCGUGCACGCCGCAGUCAAUUCUACACUCGAGGUCCUUGACAACGUUCGUGACCUCGGAUUUCAAGAGGUGGGCAUCCGCUGGGCUUCGAUGGAUGGUGUGACCUACAAAGACUGGGCGAGAUACCAUGCACUCAAAGCUGAAAUGGAAGAUUGGAAAGAACAGUUUGUCGCAUUUGGCACCCAACAUGCGAAACUCGAAGAAGCCAUCUCGGUGGCAGAGGAUACCUUGUCACGAGGAAUGGAUAUUGCCGAGAAUGCUGCAAAGGAGCUUGCCAGAUUGAGGGAAGUUGGCAAAUGGAAGAUUUCAGCACGAGAGGCGAGCGAUAACUUCGACACAAGAUCUGAAGACCCGCCAUCGCUUCCACAGCCCGCUAUUCCUGAGGAAGACACCGCUGACGAGAUCGAUGAGCCUCAGACUGGUGCCGAGUGCCUUGAAAAUGACACUAGUCCCUUGAUUAGUGCUGAAGAUGAAGACAUUCAAAAAUCCGCGUUUCAAGCAAAUGGCAACACCGAUGCUUUUGUGGAGUUUGCCGCCGAUAACCAGGGCGACCCAGUCGCUGCUAGCGGCGAUACUGGCAGUGCCGAUGCUUCUGACCAGGCGGCAUGGGGCGUGGCUGCAGCAGUCCUCUCUGCCCAAAAAGCGAAGGACGGUCGCCUUGGCUCUGACGAGCAGGAGGCCAUUGAAAGGCUGAUCUCGGGACUGCUUGUGGACAAGGACGCCGAAUUCGUUCAGGACAUCAUGAACCAACUCCGAGCUAUCUACAAGACACCGCGACCAUCCUCGGCAUCACCUUCAACAUCAUCCUUGGCACCAUCCUCAGCGGCACCAACAGCAUCAACCAGUGUCGCCGAUGAUACUAUGAUCAUGGCAACAGCUACCACAGCUGCAGAGACUACGCCUUCCGCACCAGCCGAGUCCGAGGAAAUUGUGUCCGAAUCGAGUGCUGCACCAGCUGUAUCUGACGUCCCGGACCUAGUGCCUGAGGAGCAAAGAACCUCCGAGGGCCUCGAAGAUGUAGAGGAAGCUCUGGAGAGCGCGGAGUCCCAGUACGCCAGUCUGACUUCCCGUGCAAGUGACUUUGAGCCCGCUGCAGUCGAGACCGGUGUGGAUGACUUGGAUGAGCAGACUGAGAGUAUGGAAGAUGAUAUUGAGGAGGAAUUAUAAAAAAGCAUGACCCGCACGACCGCUACGCUGUCGCUUGACAGUACUUGGUUUUCUGUUUCUUUCUACUUUUUGCGAUUGAUAUCCAUUGUUUCUGUAUUCCUGACUUUCACAUCUUGUCGGAUCGUGAGCUUGAAUAUUCCCCACAUAGUUCCUACGAUUGUUUGUUACGACCACUUUAUCUAUC